ACUGCAGUCCGACUCUAGACAGUGUGACCAGCAAUCACAGAUUUCUUUGAACGCAGCCCGAAGAAUGAUUCGCAGCCGAAACAAAAUAAAACUUGAUGCAUCAUUUUGUUAUUUACACAAAAAAAAUCUUCGAGGUUUGAAGAAUGAUCCUGAACCUUGGUCUUGGAUUGUGUUUCAAUUCAAGAUGGAACUUUGUCGUUUGGAACAAACAGAGGGACCAGUCUUAAAGUGACACUGUUACCAUGGGGAUUCAACACAUUUCCGGAUGCAUUUAGUACUGAAGUGAAGGGAAAAUACUGCCAAAUAUGGACUCUGAAUACUUGAAAAAGGGCAUGGGAAAAUGUCUCACGGAGGGGUUAGCCGAAGUGUCCGAGCAGCGCCCGAUGGAUCCAAUCGAGUUUCUAGCCCACUGGAUUUACAAGUACAAAGAAAACAUGGAUUAUGAGGAGAAAAAAAAGGCACACCAGAGACUACUGGAGCAAGAGCAGGAGAAAGCCAGGAAAGAACAUUUAUACCUGAAGCAAAUGAAGGAGGAGGAGGACAAGAUCAGGGAGUCGCUGGAGGAAUCCAAACCACCAGAGGGACUGAUUGCAACACCUCUCUCGGAUCCUUUACCAGAGAGGCCGAAGACAUCCAACAGCCCUAAGCUUGCUGCAGUGGUGGAGGGGGACAACACUUUCAGAACAGGAUUCAAAGAUGGACCUGAUCAACCCCAUCAUCAGAUCUCUCAGGGCGUUGGCGAUGCGAAUGAGCCUCAUGAUUCAGACAUACCCAUCAUCGCCCCUCUGCAAACCAAACAGGAAACAGAGGAAAUCCAAAACAAAGUAUUGGAGGAUAUCACAGUAGAGGAGGGGAAAGUCGCAGAUGAUGUAACAGCUCCAGCCCUCACAGAUCCAACUCUGGCAGAGCCAGAGGAGAGAGACUCUGCCCCUGUCGAUCCCCUCAGAUCCCAGGUCAAAGACUCUGAAGAGAUGCCUGUGGAGAAAACUAAAGUAGAGUCAGAGUACACCGAUGACCAAGAUGGAGAAAAGAUGACUCAUAAACCUAAGGCCAGUGAACCUGAUGAAUCCACACAAGGUUUGUCACUUUCAGGAAAAAAGAGCGGUGAAGUCAAACCAGAUGAAAUUCUAUCUGAGGAGCCACAAAAAGAAGAGAAAAGUAUUUCACCUAAUCACCUGGACAAAGAUAAGGAGCCAGACAAAGCAGAGACUAGUGGGGCAGCAGAUGACACUGCAACUGCGGAGAGCAGUGAUCUUAAAUCAAACGUCACACCAAUUGUGGAGGGGACGGUGACAUCAGAGGGGGUACUUGAAAACUCGGCUCCUGUUGAUGAAGUCCAGGUGACAGUAUCUGAAAGUGCCUUUGAGAUUAUUUAGUGUUGCACAAACAGAAUGGCUGUAUGACACUAGUUAAAAUGUCAAAUAUUCACUGAGCCUUUUUCUUUUUCAGGAAGAAGAGGCAUAACAGUGCUGAUGAAUAUCAUUCUACAUAACAUGAGAGUUGUUUAUUACAGAUAGUGUGUACUCAACCAUAAAUGUGUUCAAUAUAUGAUGUAAACUGAAUUGGACCACUGAUGUAAUUUUGUAAUCGUAACUGAUUAUCCUGUAGCACAAUGGUAACAGCUUUGUUUUUAAUCAAAGAUAAAUUAACGGAGUAGGCCUAUAUCUGUUUCGCCUCUUGAGCUUUUUUUUAUGUAGCCUAAUGUCCCACUUAUUGUGAUUAUAGAACAUAGAAAACAAAUGAUAAAACCAGCAAGCUCAGACAUCAUCAUCCGAAUGAUAACCUUGAUGAUGGCGCCACACUGAUAAGCCACAUCUGAGGG